AUGGCCAUACUGGAAGUCCUGAAAUGGACUACGUUCAGCACUACGACUGAGGAAUCGACUUCAACAGAAGGCAAAGCUGGAGUGCCGAGGUUUGAUGGAGACCCAGCACGACUCAGCGAGUACGCCUUCAGGGUUCGCCUUCGACAGGCGAGGGAGCUCAGCAUGGCCGAGGACGAGGUGAAGAAGCUUGGACCUCUCGCUCUACGGCUAGUUGAUGGACUUCGUGGAGCAGCUCUUCAGGUGGCGCGCACCUUGCCCGUCGACGAGCUCGCCAACAAGGAGAAAGGAGUGGAAUUCCUGCUGAAGAGCCUGAAUAGCUCCUUAGCACCGAGGAGCAAGCAGGAGGCCAGGGAUCUGUACCAAGCCGGGGCACAGAAUGGCGGGAUUCUCAGCAGACAGCGUGGAGAAUCCAUCGCCAGCUACGUUCUGAGGAGACGUGCCUGGUACAGAAUGAUGACGGACCUGGACCCAGACCUGAAGCUCCCACCAGGGAUCUUGGCCGAGCAGUUGCUGAUGAAUGCAGGGAUCAGCGAUGACCACAGGUUGCUGAUCAGGACGGCCAUCAAGGGCGACAUGGACUGGGAGAAGGUCUGCGAAGAGCUCGUGGCCCAGCACAGCAGGAUUCACGAGAAAGAGAAGGGCAGCAGUUUUGGAAAGGGCUACAAGUCCUCAGCUUUCAAGGGCUUUGGAAAAGGGAGCAACCCUUCCAAAGGCAAGUGGCGCUCCUACUUCGUUGAGGAUGACGACCAGCAGGAUACAUGGGAGAGCGCUUCACAGUCCCUUGGUGGCUACGAGGACUACAUCGACGACACCACUGUGUACCAUGCCGAGACUGCGGAGCCCUACAUGGAUGACGGCGACCCCAUCCACAUGGCCUACCAGGCAAUGGUUGAUGAAGGUCUUGAUGAAGAAGACCCAGAGGCGGUCGAGCAUGCGGCCGACAUCCUUCAGGCGGAAUCAGAGGCCUACCAUGCGCGGUUGCGCGCACAGUCCACAGGCCACUAUGGCUUUUGGGGCAAGGGACAUGGCCGACAAUUCCAGGUACAUGGAAGCCUGAGCUUGGAGGAAAAGAGACAGCGCAUCCAGGCACUGAAGUCAAAGUCCUCUUGCCGGCAAUGUGGACAAGUUGGACAUUGGGCAAACGACCCGAUCUGCCCGAAGGGAUCCAGAAAAGGGAAAGGCAAGGGAUCUACAACGUCUACGACAAGUACGGCAUCGACGAAGGGAAACAAGUCCCACAAAAGCAAGGGAUCAGAGCCCAAGCAGCGCACCGUCUACUUUGCGAUCAAUGAGUAUGACGAGCACACCACUGCAGACUCCAGCAGCUACAUGGUGACAGGCAACCUGACGGAUGCAGAGAAGACAGCAGAUGAGAUGCUGGAUGCAAUGAUUGCCCAAGCGCAACUGGAUCGAGACCAUCGAGAUCGAGCUCAUCAAGUUCCCAUGAGGCUUCAAGCAGGACAAGUUCACGGAGUUCCACAUCAAGGACAAGAUCUACAUGGUCUACCUCAUGGACAUGCUGGACAAGAUGGACAAGGACAGCCGUGGCAAAUGGUGGCACCCUUUGCAGUGGAGAACAUUCCAUUGGCACCUCAGAUGAUGCAGAGGCUGCUGAAUGAGCAUGAGAGGCUGAUCAACGAGCCUGAGACCCCAUUCUUCUCAGCCUGGGGAUGCUCACCUGAACGAAGGGCCUAUUUGGAGUACUACCUGGAGGUUGUCAACGACCACACAGAUCCAGAUUGGCAAGAUGCGUAUCAGGAGAUGUGGAAUGAGCGAGUGCCAGGGCAUCCACUCUUUUGUGAGUCCGACCGCAUCAAUUUGGUGAGGUGGGAUGCAAAGGCGCGACAGGGAUUGCCUCAUCUACCAGCACAUGUGAUGAGCCCCAUACCCGAGGACGAGAUGGACAGAGAUCUCUUUGAAGAUGAUCAUGACCGAUCACAAAGGCUGCGCAAGAAGUACGGCAUCGACCCUGACCAGACACCAGGGAGCCUGAUGACACCAUCUACCCCGACAUCUACUGAAUGCAUCCAUGCCAGAACCACGACGCAUGGAUCCAAUGACCGUAAGAGGAUCCUGAAGUGCAAAGACUGCGGCAUGGUCUUGCAUGAGGAGAAGCUCACACCUGCGGAGAAGAUGAAGACAACAUCUCCCAAAGAAUGCCCUCACGAUGACCGUGACUACAGAGGCACCACCGGAAGCACAUGGAAGUGGAGAUGCAAAACUUGUGGGCACACCGCAUCAGGUGAGAAGUCUCCUGGAGAAACUGCCCGAGCCGCCAGUGCCAGAUCAGAAGGAUCUGUAUCGCCAGCUCCGACGACGCCAUUGAGGACGCCUCAGGUUUCACCUGGCUCUACGAUGGCAACAGCGCAGGAGGACUAUGAGGUGGACAGGAUCGUCGACCUGGUGAGGCACGUGGUGGAUGUUCAGAGAGAAAUGGGGCAGGUGAUCUCGCUCAACCAGCUGGACAAGAUCUAUGACAGGUGCCGCAGUGCAGUGGCCAAUGAUCCUCGACGACAGCAAGCUCAACCAAUGAGGUCAAGAAGUGGCAGUGCAGCAAGAUCUUCAGCACCAGCGGCAGCAACACCAACUUCGGUGGCACCCUCUCCAACGACUCCUGGCCAAGCUGAAGAUGUGCAUGCACUGGAUGACAAGAUCCUGCAGUCAGGCGCUUACUAUGGGCGCACCUAUGCCAAUGUCUACUGCAAUGAGAUGAACUACCGCAAGGCGAUGAUCGGAAAGCUGAAGAAUGGAUCUUUGAGCAACCCCCACAUCAUCGACUUUGCCAAGUAUGCGGCCCGACGACAUGAAGAAGAACAUUCAGGUUCGAGAGCCUACAUGGUGGCUGAACAUCCUGGACAAGUGGAUGAAGACCGCAUCAUGGCAGUCCUCGACACGGGUUGCAACAACACCUGUCAUGGUGACAGAUGGAUGAUAAAGUACAUGCAGAAGACCGGCUUCAACCCCAAGGCAGAGAUGGCCGACGGCAACUUCAAGGGUGUUGGAGGCCGAGUUAUGGUGGCUUGCAAACGAGAGAUUCCGAUCCACCUCAAGAGCUUGGAUGAUGAGAUGGUCCCAGGUACAAUCACCUCAGUGGAGCUUGAAAACUCAGAUGCUCCACUGUUGCUCAGCGCAGGUGCACAACAGCGAUUGGGCCUGGUGAUUGACAUGGGGAACCAGACGAUCUACAGCAGGACUCUGGAUAAGGAGCUGGAGCUGAUCAUGCAUAAUGGCCUGCCUUCGAUCGUGCUUCAUCCUGGAGAACAUGGUCUUGGCAACAUCGUGCUCGCCGUCACCGAGGAGCAGAUUGAUCUCAAGGACGUUGCACAGAAUGACGAGACUUCUGAGGAUGAAGACAUGGCCAAGUAUGAGGACAAGCUCUCCAAUGACGAGUUGGACAAGAUCAAUCGUGGUGGCAGCGACUAUAUGCCCAUCACCGAGGGCAGAGUCAAGGUGAUGACGCGUAAGCAACGCAAACACCUUCAAGAAUCACUGGAAGAAGUGGAGAAAGAAGACUGCGCAAUGUGGUCCACGCUGUCACCGGACUACAAGAGGCCGAAGAGAAUGCUGCCCAGGGGAUGUAAGUCAUUUCUCAUGGAGAUCUUCGCUGGUGCGGCGACCCUCAGUUGCCUUGCUGUCAACAUGGGCCUUGACAUCUCGCCGCCCAUCGACAUCGCCUAUGAUGACAGAUACAACCUUUUGAAGAAGGCGAACAGAGAUCACCUUGAGAAAUUGAUUGAGGACGAAGACCCUUUCUUGCUCACACUUGCCCCAGUAUGUGGACCUUGGAGCAGCUGGCAGUACGUCAACAUGGCCAAAGAUGAAAGCACCAGGGAGAAGAUCAUCCAGCAGCGCAAAGAAUGGUACCCUGUCCUUCAGUGGGUAGCCAAGAUCGUCAGAGCGAGAUUGGCAAAAGGCCGUGAAGUGCUGGCUGAAAACCCAUGGCCAUCGCUUCUAUGGCGAUUGCGUUGUGUGGAGGACCUCUUCACGGAGCCCGUCUACAACUCCAUCACGGACGAGCCCCUGGAGCUGGUGAGGAUUGACCAAUGCAUGUAUGGCCUCAUGGAUGAGGAGACAAGUCUACCAGUCCAGAAGGCCACAGGACUACUGCUCUCAUCUCGCAAGAUGAAAGAGCUCCUUCAACUACGUUGUGAUGGGCAACAUCUACAUCAACGACUUGAAGGAGGAUCGAGAACGAAGAAGGCUGAGCAGUGGCCUGAGAGCCUAUGCUUCUCCAUUAUCAUGGGUGCGGUUGAGGAGAUGAAAAGUCAAGUGGUGCAACUUGCAUUUGCGACCGAAGCCGCACAAGAAGAACAAGAAGAAAUGGGUCCGCUUGAUGGAAUUCAUGGACCUGAUGACGCUGAGGAGAUGCCUGCGAAACGGCAAGAAGACUAUGAGGAGAAGUACGUGGACAACACCGACGAGAUCGUGGCGCACAAAGAGAAGGUGAGAAGAGACAACUGGCUGAAGAUCAGCAAGGACCAAAGAAUAGCCUUGAGGAGAUUGCAUGCGAUGAUGGGCCAUUGCUCAACGGAAGCCCUCAUCCGCAUGUUGCGAGCAUCUGGCUGUGACCGACGAGUCAUUCAAGCAGCCAGAUACUUCAGAUGCCCGAGCUGCGAUGAGAUCAAGAAUCAAGAUCGACCACGAGUUGUCAAACCCAUGAAGGAGCCCCACCAGAUGCAGUUCAACAAGGAGGUGUCGAUUGACGUCUUCGAACUCCACGAUGCCAUGGAAGCUCGACACACGGUGCUGAGUAUGGUGGAUGUGGCCACGCACUACCAGAUCGCAGUGAGACUUGGAUCUGGAGGAACACCGUCUUCGAAGAUUUGUGCUGAGGCCAUGAACCAGUCUUGGUCCACACCUUUUGGUGCACCUGGAGCUGUGGUAACUGAUCAAGGAGUUCACAAUUCUGGAAAAGUUCGAGGGCUACUUUUGGCACAUGGCGUGGACAUCAGAAGAAUUGGUGCACAAGCACCGCACCAACUUGGCAUCGGCGAAAGACAUGGUGGUUUGCUGAAGGCCAUCAUGAAGAAGGCCAUUCACAACAGACAACUGGCCGGUGCUGAAGCGAUGUCAGCCUUGUGUGCCGAAGCAUCGCGUGUGAAAAAUGUGACAAUCAACCUGGGAGGUUUCAGCCCUGCACAGUGGGUCUUAGGACACACACCAACUGAUUGGAGCAGCUUGGUUAGCCAUGACGGAGAAAGGCAAUUGGGUCUACACCAGAACUUGGUUGAUAUGGAGGAGGAGAAGACCCCACAAGAAUCAUUUAUGAUUCAGCUGCUCAUUCGUCAAGCUGCCAAGGAAGCUUUCAUGCAGGUGGACAGCUCCCAGAAGAUCAGAAAAGCGAUGCUGCGCAAAGCUGCACCCAUCAGGGGACCAUAUCGUGUGGGCAACAUGGUCAAUUUUGAGAGAAAAGGAAAGUGGUAUGGACCGGCACGCGUCCUGGCAUAUGAAGGACGUGCCUCACUGUGGUUGGUCCAUGGCGGUGUGACCAUUUUGGUGGCAGAAACAUCGUGCAGACCAUCUUCAUCCGAGGAGAUCUUCAAGAAGAACAUCCUGGAGCAACGCCCGAUCAGAAAGAGAAGAUAUCAAUUGAUAUCACCAGAUGAAGAGGAGGACAAUCCAAUGGAACAAGUACCAUUUUCAAGAGAUGGUGAUGAAGCGAGGCAUUUGCGGCCAAAGUUUGAUGGACAAGCACCCUACGUGGACGUGGCCGAUGCCCCGACUGUGAUGCCAUUGGAAGCCCCUGGACAAGAACAUCCAGCACCACCUGGAAUGGCUGCUACCCCAGGAGGAUUUGCUGAUGGAACCGCUGAUCAUGGUGCACCACAACUUCCAGAACUGCCUGAACCAUCUCCAGAUCCAGAUUUUGAGGUGUUUACACCACCUGGAUUAGAUGAUGAUGAUUUGGUGCCCAGCCUAUCGACCAGCGACACGAGCGGCCAACCGGAGAAUGAGGUGAGCCCGGAGACUACUAUGUCUGAAGUGACCUCAACUUCCAAUGCAGCACCUGGACUACCUCCUGGACUACCUCAACUUUCUGCUCUACCUGUUCAACAUCAACAACAUCAUCAAGUACCAGCAGGCACAUUGAACGAGGCACUUCGCGAUCCUGGACGUCUUGAUGGAUAUCCCAGAUCCUACGUGGCCUAUAAGGAGGACAAACAGUUCGCCUUUGUCGCGACCAGAGGAGACAAGAAGGUGACCACGAAGGUGAAGAAGUAUGCGAAGCGCAAUCAAAAGACCGGAGCAGGCAGAGAGGUGAUCUAUGACAAACAGGAGCCCGAGAUCCAGAAGAAGCUCGACGCAUCACGUCUGAAAGAAUGGAACAAUUGGAAGACCUACACCAAUGGGAAGUGGAUUUCAGAAGCUGAACUACAGCAGAUGAAGAAGGAACACCCUGAGAUGAAGGUUAUUCCAACGAGAUGGGUCGAAGUUGACAAAGCAGAAGUGGGACAAGAACCUGUGAUGAAGUCCCGCAUCGUUGUGCGAGGUGAUUUGGAAGAUGCCAGCCGGAUGAGAACUGACUCACCAACCUGCAGUCAGCUCAUGCUGUCAACAGUGUUGACAAUGGCAGCAUGCAGAGACGUUGAUCUCUGGGCCGGCGACAUCUCUGCGGCCUUCCUUCAAGGUUCAGCCAUGGACCGCAUUUUGGUGUUGAAGAUGCCAAAAGGCUUACCUGAAGAAGAUCAAGGAGAAUACUAUGUGGUCUCAACGACCGUCUAUGGCACCAAAGAUGGACCUCGAGGAUGGUACAAGAACCUCCACACCACAACGAUGAAGGUUGGACUACGACCUGUACCUCAUGAACAAGCUGCGUUCGUGCUCAAUGAUGAGAAUGGUGGAAUCGCUGGACUGGCGAUUGUGCAUGUGGAUGACAUCCUAUGGACUGGCGAGAAGCUCAUGGAGGAGAAGAUGCAGGAGAUCAUCAACAUCUACAAGUUCGGCAAGGUGGAGAAGAAUGACUUCAAGUACUGCGGACGUCAGAUCGUCAAGGACUCCACAGGCGUGCAUGUGACUUGCCCAAGUCUCAUAGAUCGAGUCAAGCCGAUCUACAUGAGCACAGCUGAAAGAAAGAACAAACACGGAGCAGUCACUGAAAGCUACAGACUGCAGCUUCGCUCAGUGAUUGGUUCAUUAGCUUGGUUGGCAAGGGUUUGCCGCCCUGACCUCGCCUACUCGGUGAACUAUCUGCAGUCGCGUGUCAGUCAAGCGACAUAUGGAGAUGUGGCAUUUGCAAACAAGGUGAUCGCCAUCGCCAGGGCCUCCAAGAAUGUUGGCUUGCACUACCCGCUCAAGGCCUUUGACUUUGACAAGGCGGCGAUCGUGGGACUACAAGAUGCUAGCUUUGCAAAUGAUGCUGAAGUGAAUGAAGCUGGAAAGACCUCAGGAUUCAGGAGCCAAAGCGGAAGACUCCUAUGCCUGAGUGGUCCUGACUUUAAGACUUCUCGUCAGGGACCAUUGCUGUUGCUGGAUUGGCACAGCACAACGGUCAAGAGAGUCUGCCGCAGCACUCUCCAAGCUGAGACCCUUUCGCUGUUGGCUGGAAUGGAAGAAUGUGAACAUCUACGGAUGGUACUCCAUGGACUACGCCGAGAACACCAUCGGUAUGACAAGUCAUGGCAGGUGGAAGCGAUGGACUACAUCCAUGUGGACCUCUUCACAGACUGCCGGAGCUUGGAGGAGUACGUCAACCAGCCGGGUCUUCAUUCGACCAGUGACAAAAGACUGGCGAUAGAUCUAACAGGGAUCCGCCAGCAAAUCUGGCGAAAGCUGCAGGAAGAAACAGGUGAUCCACUGAUCACCGACAAAUUGCCAGCAGAAGCCACGACAAAGCUUCACUGGCUAUGCACAGAAAAGAUGGCCGCGGACAGCCUAACCAAGGCGAUGCGUCCCGGCACUUUGUCUCAGGAGUUUCCGCCCAUCACCAUCAGCAAAGAUGCAACCUUGGCUCAGCUGAAGGCAGGGCAGUUGGGGAUCAGGGAACUUGGAGGUUCCUUUCAAAGUGGCUCGCUAGAUUUGAAAAAGGUUGUAACGACAUGGUGGUUCUCCACUGGCAGCAUCUUCGAUUCGCAGAUCAUGGAGGAUUUCCCCGCGCUUCCAGCGGCCGCCAUGCCGGCUGAAUCACCAGCCCUCCAAAUGCCUCCAGAGGCUGCACCAGCUCCGCCGCCCGUGUCGAAGUUGAAAAGUCUGGACUCCUUCAAGGUGAAAGAAGAUCCUCCGCGCGAGCCCAUGCAAGGUUUCAUUGCCAUCUUUGAGGAGAUGACACGUUUGCACAUGCGACUUCUUGAUGCACAUGAAGUUGAGAUGCGAGGCACCUCCAUUAGCCCCAGGACCAUCACUUUGGGCUCCCCAAAAAGCCAGCCGGCAGUGGGCGAAGUGAAGCGGGGACCGAAGACAGUCGCGGUGAGUCUCAGCGAGCCGGUGGAGGACGUAUCGUUCCCCCCGCAGAGGGAUCUCUCGCGGUUCUCCAUGGAGUCCUCGGGGCAAGAGCAGCCCAAGGGGAUGUCCGAUAAAUUGAUGAAGGAAGCGAGGCAGAAAACUGUGGACAUGGAACAGAUGUUGGAGAAUAAUUCCAUGGACUCCUGCUCCCUUCAGCUUAGGGAGGAGUGGGAUUUGCCUCAGGAGAAGAUUUUAGAGUUGAAAAAGACCCAGAGGAGGUUGUCUUGUGGAAGUUUGGCCAGCUUGGCCAAGCCAACGAUUCGAAGGCAGUACUUGGUGCAGAUUAAAUCGCCUUGUCCGUGGUAUAUUUUAAACCCCAACUCCUCCAAGCGAACCUUUUGGGACUGUUUGGCGCUGCUGGCGGUCUUGUUUGAAGUUUGUGUCACUCCACUCCAUCUUUAUCGAAUGGACUUUGCGAUGCGGGAGACUGCGGAUUUGAUGGGUUGGAUCGUCACGGGCUUCUGGUUCCUUGACAUUCCCGUCUCCUUCUUCACCGCCGUCUACAUCAAUGAUAUGCUUCGCUUUGGGCUGAAAGACAUUGCAAGGAACUACUUGAAGACCUGGUUUUUCUUUGAUUUUAUAAUGCUGGUGCCCGACAUCAUCAUCCUUCUAUUGCCCAACUUGGACGAUGGCACCACAGGUCUUCUUCGGAUCUCCCGCGCGCGCAGAAUGUUUCGAUUGUUGCGCUUUGUCCAGAUGUUCAGGUUUUCAAAAAUCUUGGACAAUAUGCAGCUCUUUGAACAAACCUUUUUGUUCGGAGUGAUGCAGAAUGACCUGGCGACCAUCAUCCGGCCGCUGUUGUCUGUGAUUCUGGCCUCGCUUGUGUCUGUGCACGUGCUGGGCAGCCUUUGGUUUGCAGUGGGGGACACUGAAGGCGGUUGGGUCAUCGAGGAGCGGCUCCAUGAAGAUGUCUUGGGCAGGCAAUACACUCGCAGCUUGGAGUGGGCCCUGUCCAAGCUUCCGCCGUCUUCUCUGCGUAUUGUUGUCGAGCUGAAAACUCCUGCGGAGCGAUGGUUGGGCGUCAUUGCGACCUGCUGUGUCUUGCUGUCCAGCUCGCUCUUCGUGAGUGUUGUGACCAACACCAUGGCAGAUGUGAACCGAAAGAGGACCCGGACCAAAGAGAUCCUACAGGCGGUACGAACCUACUGCGGUACGCACGGGGUUUCCUUCUCCUAUACCAUGCAGAUUAAGCGCUAUGUGCAGCGGGAGUAUGCCCGGAAUGAGUUGCAACAGCACAUGCCGCUCUUGCAAAACCUUCCGGAAGGCAUGGUCAAGGAGCUGUUCCAAGAGGGCCGCAGCGACACCCUACGCGGCCACGCUUUUUUUCGAGAGCUGGGUCAAUCGGAUCCCUCCAUGGAACUGAAUCUGUGCAGCCAGGCCGUGGCCGAAUUGCACCUAUUGGCAGGCGAUACCAUCUUCAACACCACCAGCAAGGUUCAAGGAAUGUACAUGUUUGCAACUGGUCUGGGAAUCUAUUUCUACUUUCCACCAUAUGGGAACACACCCCGGCCUUCACAAGACAGAUCCAUCAAACCCAAGACCAAACGCCAUACGCACAGCGCUGCAAGCAUCCUGGACUUGAUCGUAGGACCGAGCAUGACCAACGUUCAGCGGAUCGACAUGGGGAUGGCGCAGACUAUGCUGGAUGCUGGGGAAUACCUAGCGGAGCCGGCCUUGUGGGUCAAAGGUUGGAGGUACCAAGGUCAAUUGCAGGCCCUGGUCGAAAGCAGAGUUUUGCUCAUCUCCACCGAGCAGUUCUUUCAUGUGUGUAAGGACUACGCCAAUGUCAUGGCCAACACCGUGGUCUACGCGCGCUGCUUUGUUCAGGAGAUGAAUAAGAACACCAACCUCUCCAAGGAAGUCACCGACUUGCCACUGGCGCCUUUGGGUAACUCCAAACCACUGAAUCCCAGCAUGAGCAGCCGAAGAGUGCACCCGGCCACGCAAUGA